UCAAUUGAUUAUUAUUGUAGAUUACUUCAACAUCUUAUCGAUUGCUAAAAAGUUCAUACAUUUUUUAAUCAGUUUUGUGAAAACUAAUUAUUUUCUUCAACAUUGCCUAUCCCUAUCUCAAGACGAAAAGCGAAAACUUGGUCUAUAAUAUAGGUCUAGGUGGUUUUGGAAAGGUGGCUUUUAAUACCAUCGAAAUGAGAUACCUUCAACCACCUUCAACUCAGAAUAACGAAAUAACGGUCAACUUCAUCAUCACUGCGUGAUGUUCAUGAGUGCGUGUAGGAUAAAUGGAAUACCAAUAAAUAAUAAAGAUUAACGAGUGAUAAGCGAUGAGUGAAUCAAGCAUUGCGGUCGAACGAUAGAUCAAGCAAGCGCAAGAGAUGACAGUAAUCUCGGCCGACAAUUUGUUGCACGAGAUGAACUAAAGUAGUCCACACUGAUGAGAUAGAUUAGGUUAACGCACAUAUUCUACACGUAUUUUCGUAAAUAUUUCGUAAAUAUGUCAUUCCAUCGCGAAAAUAAAAAUGCGACAGACGAAAAGGAAAACAUGGAGGAUAUUACAUCGGACUUUGUAUGCUUCAAGAUAUCAGCUCUGAAAAAAGCAGCGCGUAUAUCGAUGGCGGAAAUAAAAAAUGUUACAAUUGGACCUGAGUCAAUAGUGAAUAAAAAUGUUACUAAUGAUAAACUAGAUAAUAUCCAAGAUGAACAAAAUUCUUGUAAUAUGAAAAACUUACAAAAGAUAAACACCAGUCCCAAGUAUCAUACAAUAUCAACUUUGAAUGGUAUAUCGUUCUCAGUCAAAAAGAUUCUUCAAGAGAGUGAAUUGCAAAGGAAGGAAGAAGUCAGAAAGAAAAUGGAGCACCGAAUUCAGUGUAUGAACGAAAAUAGUCGCGUCAUUAAAGAAAACAUGGAAAAGUUGCGUAUGUUAAUGGCACAUGAGCGCGAAUGCAGAGACGAGGAGAACUUGGCACAUAUUUUGGCUGAACAAGAGCGUAUAGCCAAGGAGGAAGAGAUGAAGAGACGGCAUGAACAGCAGUUGCACGCACAGCGAAUUCAGGAGCAGAAGGAAGGGCUCGAGCGUGAAAUGGAGGAAUAUAGAAAGCGAAUGAAGGAGAAAGAAGAGUUGUUGAGAGCCAUAGUGAUCCAACGUAGCCAGUUUACAGCUAGAUAUUGUGAUAUUGUGUCGUUAUCUAAGACUUGCAAGGAUAAGCAGGCUUUAAAUAUAUUCCUCGCGUCACACGGUGCAAGAAUCAAAGAACUGUGGCAACAAAUUGAGGCUAUUGAUGAAAAAAUCAGAUGUGGUGACAUGAUAGCUACAGAUGUGAAUUCUAUCGAAGCUUUGGUUCAUCACAUCGAGGACAUGUUAAGUUUAUUUCGAACGGAAAUGGAAAAAGCAGAUGCUCAAUACGAGGCAGAGCUGGUCCGUAAAGCGCAAACUGAUAAUGAAAUUCAAGAUCCAGUCACAAAGGCUGAGAGUACAACAGUCGACAAAGUGGUGUCUCCUCAACAGCCUGCUGAAAGUGGUACUGUAGAAAAGGAGGAUAAGGAUCAAAGUACUAACGCGAAAGCAAAUCAGGAAGUAGUUGUAGCCGCACCUGUCUCACCAAGCGCUACUAACGCACUGUUUGAACCGUCCACAUCUGAUCCUAAACCAGAACAAAACUCUAACGAUCCUGCAGAAUGCAAAGAAGGCAGUCCUUAUGAAUAUGUUGAUUACGAAUCACUAGAUAUUUACAACAGAAGCCGACAAUUCUUGGCCGUUUAUAGACAAAGUUACGAAGAUUUUCUACAUUCGUCAGAUACUAAAAAAUUUCGUUUCGAAUGCCAGAAAGCGAUUAAUAUCCCAGUGAACGCGAUUGCCGGCACUAACGAGCAGCACUUGAGAGAUAAAUAUGACAGGCUGCAGAGUCUUCUAACUGGGAGAUCGUCCCCCAAUGUGAUGCAGCAUCCGCAAGGAAUAGCUUUCUGCAAGGAUCAUCUGGCGAAAAAGAUAGUCAGUCAAGGUGAAACGCUAAUAUCCAGCAAACCGGAAAUGGCCUUUCCCAUCGCAGCGAUAGUAGUCGCUCUCUGGAACGAGCAUAAAGACUUCGGUGAGUUGGUACUGGCGCAUUUGCACGAAGCGUGCCCUUUCGCCGUACCAAUUUUCCCGUUGCAACAAGACGGUCAAUCAAACGAGGACUACUACAAGUCCCUCGGCUGCAAAUAUUCCGAGGACGGUUCUUUCGAGAAGCAAGACAAGUACUUGAAACGAAUGUCAGGUUUGAUGAGAUUGUACAUAUCGAUUACCGUCACUAGUCAGAGGAAAGGCGUCACCAAGACUCAUCCCCAUGGUCUUCAAUACGCCUGGCGUUGGUUAGCAGCCGUUUUGAAUAUCGAACCAAGAGCCGAUACGUGCGAUCUAUGCGCUACUUUGAUACUAGACAUGCUUGAGGUAGCCGGAAACGUGCUGUGGACUGCUUAUCCGAAUCAGUUUCACAAGUUAUUGAUAUUGUUGACGGAACAGUAUUAUCCCCGUAUGCAGAACAUAACGGGUGCCGGCGGUGGACCAUUGAUGCGUUUGGAGGAGUUCCUGAGCAACGCUCUGGCCAAGAGCGUUAUACGUAUAGCCGACGGGAUGCUUCCGCCUAAUUUCUGGUGAUUUCGUUCUACGGAAUAUUAUCUGGUGUACGACUCUUAAACAUAAGUAGAAUUUAAACGAGUCUGGUAAGUCGCUGUGUAGGAAUGUAAUAAGAGGAUUCGAAUUAUUUUGUUAAGUACUUUAGGAUUGCUUAAAAAUAUCGAUAAUACCAAUUGAGCUCUAGCGACGUGACAGAAUUGAAUUGAAAAGAGAGGGGAAAUCGAGAACUCGAAACCUGUUUCAGGGGAAUAUCAUUGUUAUUUAACGCUGUUUAACGCGGAUAAGUCUUUCGGCGAAUUGUACAAUUUACAAGACGAUUUUGAUAAUAUAUUUUACGUAUUGCGAGAUAUAGAUGAUCGAAACGAGCGUGUCCGUCAGAGGAAGGAAGUGAAAUCAGGGAAUGAGAGAGACAAAGAAAGAGAAAAAAAAUGAUUUUUCUUUUUUUCUUUCUUA